AUGACCAGAAAGGGAAAUCAAAAUUCCGGCUCUAACCGUGAUCGUAAUAAAAGUGGAAGUGGAAGUGGAGGUGGCAACCGUAACCGUGCAAGAGGUGCGAACUCAAGUCAUAGAGGACGCGGAGGACGUGAUC